AUGUAUUUAUUAUAUUUAUUGUUCCUUGCUCAAUUAAUAUCUACGGCGCCUACAGGUGACCUACCACAAAAUCCACCUGGGACAGCUUAUCUGCCAGAUAAAGCCAUUGUUUUAGAUGAUGGCUAUUACUUGACUGUCCAAGGCAUGUUGGGCGGUAUUAUCAUCAUCAUCAGCGGUUUACUUCUCAUUUUCCGAAGCUUGUGGGAUCGAACACUAGCUGGAACACAUACACAGAAUUUGACAGGCUUUAUCACACUUGGAUUAGUUGCCUGGAUCAUGCUGGCUAAUUUUGAACCACAACAAUCGUAUGGCACCAACAGGUUAACGAUUUACUUUAUUGUCCCACUUAUCAUUGGAUUGAUCGCGACUUGUUUCAUGUUUAUCACUGUGCAGCUUUAUUUGAUGCUGCUUGGUGGAUUAGGAGGACUUGCGUUUGGCUUGUGGAUAUUAGGAUGGAAAAAUGAUUUGAGUAUCACUCCAGGCUAUGGACGGGCGAUCUUACUGACUAUUCUCGUGAUCGUGUUCAUGAUUCUGUCACUUUAUCAUCACUCCAUGCAUAAGCUAGGAGCAGCUUUGGCUGGUUCCUAUAUGCUUUUUAUGGGUCUUGAUGUUUACUUUCAUACAGGAUUUUUAUACUGCUUUACGACAACGCUUGACGCUAAUCACUCUCACAAAUAUCAGGUGUAUCGAGAGGUGUAUAUUAUGCAGUCAUGUCUGAUUAUAGCAUUUCUGGUAUCCUACAUCUGUCAGGGCCUUGGUAUACGCCCCGGUAUAUUACAUCAACAUCGAGUGUGCAUGAGUACAUAUACAAGUAAUCCAGAAUACAAUAUAAAAGGUUCUGCUCAGGGAUUCUUUGUCCCCACGAGAUUCGUGCCUCAAGUUAAUUGGCGAUUCUGGGCUCCAAGGCCACCCGUUGCUCAAGCCAUCCCUGUGGCUGCGCCAGCACCAGCACCAGCACCGGCUCCUGCUCCACCAGCUUAA